AUGACCAUCCUCACCGAGACCACGCUGGACUCGAUCCCCGGCACGGUCCACCUCGUCGACCUGGACCACAGCAUGCACACUCGACAUGCUGACGCCGGGGCCGGAGACAUCGUCCUCGUUCCCACCCCUUCCAACGACCCCGACGACCCGCUCAACUGGUCUCCGCGAAGGAAGAUCCUCUCGACCAUCUGCACGAAUCUAUACACCUGGUUCACCGGCAUGUCGGUGUCCACUGUCUAUUCUGUCCUUGUGCCUCUCUCGGCGGCAUCUGGCGUCUCUGUCUCGACGCUCAACCAGGGCACCGGCUACAUGUUUCUGUUCCUUGGCUGGAGCCUGCUCUUCUGGCAGCCAUUCUCUCUGAGAUAUGGCAAGCGCAUGACCUAUUUGAUUUCCAUUCUCGGAUCACUUGGCACCAGCAUAUGGAGCGCCUAUGUGACCAGCAACGGAGAAUGGAUCGCCAAAUGCAUCAUCCAAGGUUUUUUCAAUGCUCCCAUCGAAGCUCUGCCCGAGAUCUCCGUCACCGAUGUGUACUUUACCCAUCAACGAGGCACAUACAUGGGCAUCUACGCCUUCACCUUGGCCGGCAGUAAUUACUUCACGCCCGUUCUGUGCGGAUUCAUCGCCGACGGCCAGGGGUGGCGAUGGGUAUUUUAUUGGCCCGCCAUCUUCCUCGCAGCCGUCUUCGUCUUUUUGUUCUUCUUCAUGGAAGAGACGAACUACACGCGAAAGACUGCAGGGCUCAUCGUGGAGGUUGACACGCCGCCGCCAGAACCUGCUGCCGGUGGUGUAAUGGACACGACAGCGGAUAAGGAGAAGAACCCAACGACCGUUCUCUCGACCGAUGGUUCGCGGACGACCGAAGAAUACGGCCCGCCCAAGACGUUCGCCCAGAAACUGUCGCUCUGGAACACGCACCCGGGCCAGCCCAUGGUGCAACGCGCAAUCCGCAGCCUGCAGUACCUGACCUGGCCCGUCAUCUUCUACGCGGGCUUCUCGUACGGGUCGUACCUGAUCUGGUUCAACGUGCUCAAUGCGACGGCCUCGAUCAUCCUGGGCGGACCCCCGUACAACUUCAAGCCGUCCAUGGUCGGCCUGUCAUAUCUGUCGUGCACCCUCGGCGUCAUUUUGGGCUGCCUCAUCUCCGGCAGACUGAGCGACUGGCUGACCAUCAAGCUCGCCCGUCGGAACAAUGGCAUCAUGGAGGCCGAGCAGCGCCUAUGGCCCUUCAUCCUCUGCGUCCUGCUCGUCCCCGGGUCCUUGAUCUUGUGGGGCGUGGGCGCCGCGCACGGGGUCCAUUGGUUUGGCCUGGUCUUCGCAAUGGGUUCAUUGGCCUUUGCCACGACGUUUGGAGUCACGCUCAGUGUCAACUACAUGAUCGACAGCUACCACGGCAUCAGCGGCGACGCCAUUGUGACUGUGAUCCUGGUGCGGAAUACCAUGUCCUUUGCGAUCAGUUAUGGCAUCACUCCCUGGUUGACCAACCUGGGCUACCAGAACUGUUUUAUAUCUGCGGCAUUCAUUGGCAUGGCCGCCUCGUCCGUCUUCUUCGUCAUGGUCAUGGUAGGCAAGAAAUUCCGCGUCCAAAGCGCUGCGAAGUACUGGAAGCUCGUCGGCGCCGACAGGGAGAAGUCGGAGGCGCUUUGA